AUGUUUUCCCCACUUAAAAUUUCCAUUUUGAGCCUUUUUGGUCAAUCUAUCGCCCAGGAUCUAAUUCAAUUGAGCGGGUCGAGAUUUCAAGAGGAUCGUCCAAAGCGUUACAGAGAUUUGGCAGAAAUGGCAAAUCGUCUCUGGAUUGAAAAAGGAGAAACGGAGAAAUUCGAUGAGGCGAAAUUUUUCACAUACGGCUGUCAUUGCUUUUUAGAUCAAAACCAAUUUGGAGAGCCUUUGAAGCAUGGCAAAGGAACACCAGUUGAUGAAAUUGACAGAGCUUGCAAAAAGUUCAAAUACUGUCAAAAAUGUGUGCAGGAUAAGCAUGGUGAUCAAUGUACCCACGAUUUCUACCGCUACAACUGGCGAUGGGGACGCAAAAGUGACCAGCUCGAGAUCCUCUCGCCAAGUGGAAGCUGCGAACGAGAAAUUGGAGAAUGCGACAAGAAAUUUCUUAGCGACAUUUUCGCCGCCCGAGACGAAUUCGACAAUGCCUUUCACAACAAAUUAUCAUUCUUCGACCCCAAUAGCAAAGAAAACUGCUCUGCCGAAAGUCGACCUCGCGGCCGAUUUGCUCCAAUUUCCGAACAGUUUCAGUGCUGCGGUGGCUACAAUGGCCCUUACCAGUGGAUAAGCACGGCCAGACAACAAUGCUGCAAUAUCGGCAGGGUCAAUUACGUAGCACCUGUUGGAGAAUGUUAG